AUGAAUGCAGAAGCGAAGAAGAAAGUGGACGUGCUUUCAGACGAUCUCCUCCCUUACAUAAUGGCCGAACAAGAACGCCGCAUCACCCUGUAUAAGAGGGUCAUGACAGCCAUACAGAACGGAGAGAAAGGUGUCACAAUAGUCGAGAUGAGAAAUAAACCACCGCUCAUUAUUAAAAGAGGUCUAAUGUACAGAUGUCCAUCAAACCGUGCGCCUAAAGAGCCCGACGGCUCGGGCAACAUUUACUGCGAAGACGACAUAGAGCCAAUAUUGGUGAUGUAUGAUUCCUGUCUCAGCGCCGAGGACAAGGAGCUUUUUGUCGCCGAGAACCAUUACUUCUUUUGUAACCGGUACUGGCGGGAGAUGCCUGAUCUUCCCCGUACGAACACCACAGUGGUGGGCUGCCCCCCAACUCAGCGGACUUCCUAUAACUACACCAUGAGUAAAUGUGGCCUGGAGGGCUCCGAAGAUGUCCUCGUCCAUUAUAGAUAUUAUCCUGAUAGGACCUACAAAUACGUGACGGAGUUAGAUCCUGACAGGGAAGUCUGUGACCACUGGAACCCAUGUCAGUUAGGAUAUAUCUUCGCGCUGCGGACCAUAGACGAGGCUGAGGUGGCUAGCGAGCUCUGGCGUAAUUACAGUAUGUAUAAUAUAAUUAUAUUACUUUAAGUCUUCAUAUUCCUCCUGGUGUUAUAUCAUUGCCUCUCCCUUUUGACUGAAUUUGCAGAUUUCUUCACGACGUUUUUCC